GGUUACCAUGUUCGAAUCACCGACUCUUUUAACAUUCGAAAGUCGAAAUCUUCUGGUCCUCUCCACACCAGAAGAAUCGAUGAAGUUCAAAAAGUUCCUUUCAAUUCCGGUUUUCUCAGUGUUUCUCUUAGUGGGUUUUGUUUAUUACAUCACAGUAUUCAUCUUCAUAGACAAUUGGUUAGGGUUGCAGAGCUCGGCUGGGUCAUUGAAUGCUCUGAUCUUCACUUUCUUGGCUUUUCUCUCUCUUUUCUCUUUCUUCGUUUGUAUUCUCACAGAGCCCGGUGGUGUUCCAUCUACGUACGUUCCUGAUGUUGAAGACAGUCAGGUCUGUGAACAAGAGCCGAAAAAAACUGGUGUGCAUCUGAGGCAUUGUGAUAAAUGUUCUGCAUACAAGCCUCCCAGGGCUCAUCAUUGUCGUGUCUGCAGAAGGUGUGUUUUGAGGAUGGACCAUCACUGUCUGUGGAUAAACAAUUGUGUUGGUCAUAGAAACUAUAAGGCCUUUGUUGUCCUUGUCUUAUAUGCAACUAUGGCGAGCAUUUAUUCUUCGGUUAUAGUUGUAAGCUGCUGUGCACUCCAGACGGACACCAGCGGAAGGGCUCCCCUCAAGAUCUUUUAUAUUAGCUGCUUGGCGAUGAUUGUAAGCUUAAGCUUGACAUUGGGAACUCUCUUAAGCUGGCAUAUCUACCUCAUCAUGCAUAACAUGACAACCAUAGAGUAUUAUGAAGGGAAACGGGCAGCAUGGCUAGCUAGGAAAUCCGGACAGAUCUACCGCCAUCCUUUCGAUGUUGGUGCUUACAGAAAUAUUGCCUUGAUAUUAGGUCCAAGCAUGCUGAAAUGGCUCUGUCCCACAGCAGUUAGCCAUCUAAAAGAUGGAAUUAACUUCCCCACUGCCCGUGAUAACUCAUAGCAUUAUUUGCCUUUCCAUGGAUUUCAGAAAUUGGUGGCAUCUCAUGCUUGAUAAUGAGUGGAGAAGUGCAAGAUUUCACCCAUCCUUGGAUUUUCAAUGGAAAACCAUUUAUAAUUAGGAGAACUGACUGGUAGAUAUAUCUCGACAUUCUUGGGCUUAUUCUCAGAUUAUUCUCAGAUUCAACUAGGUAGAUAAUGGUUCACAAACACAGACAUGACGGGUCUGCCAGCGAACCCAGAUCAUUUCAUUUCCAUAGAGUUCAAGAGUGUGUUACCCUUUUAUGCUUUUCACAAAUCAUGAACGAAGAUGGAAGUUCUACAUUCAGCCGUCAUGCACUGAACAUACUGGAUUGAUGUAAGUUGUUGAAAUCAUUGCAACAAGAUAAUAAUAUCCCGACUCGCGGUGGGGAACAAAAGUUCUUAGCCUCUGUAACAGAAGGCAUCUUUAUGUAUAGUGGUUAUACAUAACAGUAUAUUGAUUAUACAUGGCAUAUCCAUCAUGUUAACUUUAGUCAGCUAGUCGUUAAUCCAGUUUAAUAUUACUUCUCUUUUAGAAGAAGAUGAAGUUUUCUUUUGAAACCCUGCUGAAUGUGGUAUAUGAAAUUCUUAUAUUGGAACAAAUUUGAAUCCC